AAUGAUCAGCAUCAAAUGCUUAUUGGGAUUCGCACUGUUGCUGAAUUCCAAGAUCCACAACCAUCCAUUAUUAUCUUUCCUUUAAAUUUAAGAAGAAUUGUUUCAAAAAAUUAAAACCAAGAUUUUCCUAUUUUCCCUUUCUCUGCAUCCCUGUUGGCGGAGCUCUAAGCCAUCUCUUGUCUCUCUCGAGAGGGGAAAGAGAGAGAGAGAGAGAGAGUGUUUCGGUGUCACAACGCAAACCCAGAAAGUAGCAAAUGCCAAAUGGUAGUGCGGUAUUAGCAUUGUAGCGUAGUGUUAGAGAGAGAAAGAGAAGAAAGAAAAAAGGCACUACCGUCACCACAACCAACUAGGCCUCGGUCGGAAAGUUGCUACAAAAAAGCUCUCUAUAAUUGACCCUCGUGAAGAUGAAGCUUCUUUUCUUCUCUAGACACUGACUUUGGUUUUUUCUGGGCUUUAACUUCAGGUUUCGCCUUCUGGGUCACUCUUUACUUUUCUGGGAUCUCCAUUUCUGAACUAAAGUCUGAAUUUUUGAAGGAAUUUGAUCGUGGGGUUUCUGGUUGCUUAUUCUGGGGGUGUCACCAAGUUCCCUUAAUCAACUGAAUAUCGAGCCUUAUCUGGGUAUUUGGCCUCUGAUUCCUGUUGGGUAUUUCCUUUUUUUUUUUUAAUCUGUGUGGAAUCUGAGUGAUUUUGAUCUUGGAGGGUACCCUGAAUCGGUGUUGUUGUUUUGGUUUGAAGAUGGUUGUUGAUGCUAGUUGUGGCUUAAGGUGAUUUAGGGAAGUUGUUAGAUAACAGGGGAUAAUAAGGAUGGCAGCACAGUCAAACGCUGGAUUUCACAAUGAAGAUAUAGAUUCUGUUUUGAACAGGCGUGCAAUAUCAUUUCAACCUGGUGGUGGUGCUAUUAACCGCUUGUCCGAGAUGGUUCCUAUGGGUAAUUAUUUUGGGCUAAGUAGUUCGUCUGAGAUGAUGAUAUAUUCUGGGAAUUCAAGCAUCAUUAACAGUAGUAAUCCUGUCAUGGGUCAAAUGAGUCAAGCUGGUAAUCUAUCCAGUUCCUCGCUUCUUCUCGAUUCGGUCCCGGGGCUGAAGCACGACACAGGGUUGGCUGUUGAGUGGUCUGUUGAUGAACAGUACAGAUUGGAAGAAGGCCUUGCCAAAUAUGCUGAUGAGCCAAGUAUCAUGAGGUAUAUCAAAAUUGCUGCCCUGUUGCCAGAUAAAACUGUUCGUGAUGUUGCUUUGAGGUGUAGAUGGUUGACAAGAAAGCGAAGAAAAUCAGAAGAACACAAUCUGGGGAAAAAGGUCAAUAAUAGAAAGGAUAAGCCAGUGGAAUUAGCUUCAAAGACGAAUUUACAUUCAGCUCUGCCCUCAAGCAUGGCUACAUAUCCUCGCAUGUCACACCAUAUGGACCAAAGUCAACAGAUACAAUAUGAUGGUAUUUGUAGCCCUUUGAAGCAACUCAUGGAGCAGAAUGCUCAAGCUUUCAAUCAAAUCACUGCCAAUUUGUCUACUUACAAGUUGCAGGAUAAUAUCGACCUCUUCUGCCACACAAGGCACAAUAUUAAUACCAUUCUUAAUAAUAUGAGUGAGAUGCCUGGCAUUAUGAGCCAAAUGCCGCCACUGCAAGUUACCAUUAACGAGGAUCUUGCAAGUAGUAUUCUGCCUAAUAGAACAUAGCGGGCAAAGUGCUGACUCCAUCAAUAUUUCCAACACAAAUCUAAGUGCAUCAGUGUAGAGAGGUUCGCGUUCUUAGCUGCAACUGUUUUGGUGCUAGCUACAUGACAUUGAGGAGCUAGGGAGUAUCUCAGGACUUUCCAGAGUUUCUAAUCCAUCUUUGAUCUUAUUGCUCCCUGCUGAAGGAAACCUUGGAACUCCUGUUGUAUAAACAAAAAGAAAAAAGAAAAGGGAGAAAAUAGGAAAGGGAUUAAUAUAACAAUGGUUUGAGCUAAAUGCACCUUAUUGAUUUCAGAGUGCAGGUGUUUUUCUCAUGCCAUAGGAACUAUUGUAGAUCUAUUUAUGCUAGUUUGUCAUCAACUUCAAAUUUUAA